CCAGACUUCUCCACUCUCAAAGACGCUAUCUCUCGCGAUACCCUGAAUGCAAUUGUCGGCGAACCAUUCAAGCUUACGCGCAUGACCUCGGUGCAGGCCGCCGUACUCCCUCUCCUCCCUGGUCUGUCGGAGCCGCACAGUUCGGAUUCAGAAAACGCUCGCGACUUGCUCGUCAGGGCAAGAACUGGUACCGGAAAGACCCUCGCCUUCCUCGUGCCCGCUAUCGAAGCUCGGAUUCGCGCCGUUAAGGCAGCUGGUGAUCAGGCAGUGGCAGAUGCUGGUGCGGGAGCAGACCAAUAUACGCAGGAGCGCGCGAUGCGCCGCUAUGCGCGGGCCGUCCCCGGCUGUCUCGUCAUCAGCCCUACGCGUGAGCUGGCAACUCAGAUUGCCAACGAGGCGCUGCGCCUCAGCUCUCACCACCGCGGUUUCGAGGUCAGGCUUUUCGUCGGCGGCGCCAGCAAGGGUAAACAACUGCGGGACUGGCACAAAGGCAGGUUGGAUAUCGUGGUCGGGACGCCGGGUCGCAUCCGGGACAUGCUGGAGAAUGAGCCUGAUGUCAGUGAGGGUUUGGCGCAAGCCAAAGUGCUGAUCCUGGACGAGGCCGACACACUUCUGGACAUGGGUUUCCGUGACGACUUGGACGGCAUCGUCUCGAAGUUGCAACCGACCCCGGAGAGGCAGACGUUCAUGUUCUCCGCGACGGUUUCCCCCCAAAUCCGGCAGAUUGCACGUACGUACCUCGACAACAGCCACAAGUACAUCAACUGCGUCGACGACUCCGCGCCCCCGACCCACGCCUCCAUCCCGCAGUACCACACUGUCCUGCCGACGGAGGCCGACCAGCUCCCCCAUCUCCUCCGUCUCCUCGCACACGACCAGUUGUUGCACGGCUCCAAGUCCAAGACGCUCAUAUUCACCCCGACAACGAAGAUGACCCAGCUGUUCACGACGCUCGUCCGCAGCCUGUCCUCUUCGCUGCCUGCAGGCAUAGUAAUCACGAAGGUCUUCGAAAUCCACUCGAAGCUGAGUCAGAUGCAACGCGACAAGGCCGCUGCGUCGUUCCGCGAGGUCGCGAGCAAGCCCACGAUCCUCGUCACCUCGGACGUGUCUGCGCGCGGCGUCGACUACCCCGGCAUCACGCGUGUCAUCCAGAUCGGAAUCCCGUCGAGUACCGAGACGUACGUGCACCGUGCAGGUCGUACUGGCCGCGGCAAGGACAUGAUCGGUGGGCGCGUCGACCUUGUACUCAUGCCUUGGGAGGUCGGCUACGUCAGCUGGAAGCUUGCGGAUAUGCCGCUGAAGCCGCAGACGACGGGCGAGCUCGAGAAGCAAGUGCGCGAGCUCGCGCAGCGCCUCGACAGCGGCGAGCACAGCGUGAGCAUCAAGGGUGCGCAGAGUCCGUACUUGCCCGUGUUCGAGGCGAUCCAGAAGGACAUCGAGCAGCUGCAGACCAGGCUCGACGAGGAUGCCGUCUCGGGGGUCAUGUUCUCGCUCUUUGGGUACUAUGGUACGCACGUGGGGGACCUGCGCGUGCAGCGCAACGUCGUCAUCGAGGGCCUCAAGAACUGGGCCACGGAGGCGAUGGGCCUCGAGGAGCCGCCGUACAUCUCGCGCGACGUCCUCACCAAGACGGGCUUUGGUUCCACGCCGCAGAAGUCGAUGAGGGAGAAUAGGCGGAGCGAACCGCAGAACUGGCUGGGCCGUGGCCGCGUCGCCAACAGGGAAUCGCGAGGCUACGACAAGGAGUCACGAGGCUACGACAAGGAGUCCCGAGGC